CACCCUCGCCAUCACCCCCCCCCCCGACCCCGAGGCUGGCCAGAGGCUCCCUAACCCCGGGAUCGCAGGCCGAUGACCCCGAGAGACAGGGGCCUCGAGGGGCCGCAAGCCAGCGCGCCGCGGGCUGAGCCCGAGAGGCCGGGCUGGGGGGAGGGAGGCCCGGAGGGAGGGAGCGAAGGAAGGAGGAGGGCUGGCGAGCCGGAGCCGGCAAGCGGCGGGAGCCCGGGCGAGCCUCGUCGGGAGUGCGUCUCCCCAGCAGAGCUGGACGCAGCCUGAGCUGGUCCAGGUGACUGAGCUCCACCCUUGCGUACGCAACGGUCAAGACUCACGGGAGAGAGAGACCUGGAAACCCCAGCAUGAGAAUCAGACUUCCCCGGCCAGCCUCAUAGAUGGGAGAGCAACCAGCUCGCCUCCCCCUUCAAUUACGGGGAUAAUUAAGAAACGAAGCCCCACCCAACAUGGAGGCGGAGGACUGCCACCUGCUUUGAGUCUCUUGCCUUCUCCCCUGCCCUGCCCACCUGGCCUUGGCUGGGUCGGUCAUGCAAUGCUGAGCAGUGAGGAGGACCCGGGGUCUGCCUGCCUGGCUCCCGGGCAAGGACUGUGGGCACCAUGGGGGCUUGUGUGAGCGGGGCUCCAGGGUGAGACCUAGCCCCCGCCCCCAGAAAUUCCAGGGGGUGGGGGUGGGGCCAGGGAUAGAAUGGCUCGAGGUGGGUUGGGGGCAGAAGAGGCCUCCCUACGCUCAAACGCAUUGUCCUGGCUGGCCUGUGGGCUCCUGGCCCUGCUGGCCAAUGCCUGGAUCAUCCUGAGCAUCUCAGCCAAACAGCAGAAGCACAAGCCGCUGGAGCUACUGCUCUGCUUCCUGGCCGGCACACACAUCCUCAUGGCGGCUGUGCCCCUCACCACCUUCGCCGUGGUGCAGCUCCGGCGCCAGGCUUCGUCUGACUAUGACUGGAACGAGAGCAUCUGCAAGGUCUUCGUGUCCACCUACUACACGCUGGCCCUGGCCACCUGCUUCACCGUCGCCUCGCUCUCCUACCAUCGCAUGUGGAUGGUUCGCUGGCCUGUCAACUACCGCCUCAGCAACGCCAAGAAGCAGGCGCUUCACGCCGUCAUGGGCAUCUGGAUGGUCAGCUUCAUCCUUUCCACGCUGCCCUCCAUCGGCUGGCACAACAACGGAGAGCGCUACUACGCCCGGGGCUGCCAGUUCAUCGUCUCCAAGAUCGGCCUCGGUUUCGGCGUUUGCUUCAGCCUCUUGCUCCUCGGGGGCAUCGUCAUGGGACUGGUCUGCGUGGCUAUCACGUUCUACCAGACGCUGUGGGCCCGACCCCGGAGGGCUCGGCAGGCCCGGAGAGCGGGGGGCAGCGUGGGAGCCAAAGCGGGCGGGCUGGGGGGCUUGGGUACCCGGCCGGCUUUUGAGGUGCCGGCCAUUGUGGUGGAGGACACUCGAGGGAAGAGGCGGUCCUCCCUGGACGGCUCCGAAUCUGCCAAGACAUCCUUGCAGGUCACCAACUUGGUCAGCGCCAUCGUCUUUCUCUACGACUCCCUCACGGGGGUGCCCAUCUUGGUCGUGAGUUUCUUCUCCUUGAAGUCAGACUCAGCCCCGCCCUGGAUGGUGCUGGCCGUGCUGUGGUGCUCCAUGGCACAGACUCUGCUCCUGCCCUCCUUCAUCUGGUCCUGUGAGCGCUACCGUGCGGACGUGCGCACAGUGUGGGAGCAGUGUGUGGCGAUCAUGUCUGAGGACGAUGGCGAUGACGAUGGGGCCUGUGACGACUACACAGAUGGCCGAGUGUGCAAAAUUCGUUUUGAUGCUAAUGGGGCCACAGGCUCAGGGAGCCGGGACCCCACCCAGGUGAAGCUGCUGCCUGGACGGCACAUGCUUUUUCCACCUCUUGAGAGAGUACACUAUUUACAGGUCCCCUUGUCCCGCCGAUUGUCCCAUGAUGAGACCAACAUCUUUUCUACUCCUCGGGCACCAGGCUCCUUCCUGCACAAAUGGUCAUCGUCUGACGAUAUCCGGGUCCUCCCAGCCCACAGCCGAGCCCUUGGGGGACCUCCUGAAUACCUGGGACAGAGACACAGGCUGGAGGAUGAGGAUGAUGAGGAAGAAGCUGAAGGUGGGGGCUUAGCCAGCCUUCGCCAGUUCCUAGAAAGCGGGGUUCUGGGGUCAGGUGGGGGACCCCCACGAGGUCCUGGCUUCUUCCGGGAGGAGAUCACCACCUUCAUCGAUGAGACACCUCUGCCUUCUCCAACUGCCUCACCAGGACCAUCUCCCCGUAGGCCUAGGCCACUGGGCUUUUCACCUCGACGACUCUCCCUUGGGUCUCCUGAUAGCCGAGCGGUCGGACUUCCUUUGGGGCUAAGUGCAGGAAGACGAUGUUCCCUGACAGGGAGUGAGGGGAGUUCAAGGGCUUGGGGACGACCCUGGGGCCCAGGCAACCCCAUCUUCCCCCAGCUGACCCUGUGAGGCCACCUGAGCCUGCUUAACUCAGAGGAGGGGACGAGGGCGAGUGAGUCCUCCUCAUUCUGGCCCUGAGCCUACGGCAGCUGCCUCCAGGGAGACAGGGCGCUAGAUCUGGGCUCUAGAGGUCCAGCUCUCUCCCAUCCAAGUGACCAGAUAUCCUACUCACCCGUCUUCACCCCUAGCAAAAUGUAUUAAAAGGAUGAAGUGUUGCCAUGGA